AUGGUAGCGACGCGUCUCCGCCACUCGUUCUCGGGGAGAAUCCGGAGCACAGCAUCUUCGCUCCGUAGUGGGCACUGCACGGAUAUAAGAAGCCCCUGAGGAGAUUUUAGGGGGGCUCGUCUUUUGCCCCCGUGGAUGGCCGCUGGAUUACCUGGAAGCUCUGUGGAUGUGAUCGAGAUGGGCUUCAGGGUGCCGCUAUGCGCGCUGCUAUUGCUCUGUGAAGCGCUGUCCACGGACUCGAGCCGCAGCAACCAGGUUGUUCUCCUGGACACCACAUCAGUGCUGGGAGAGCUUGGGUGGAAAACAUAUCCGCUGAAUGGGUGGGAUGCUAUCACAGAAAUGGAUGAGCACAACCGGCCCAUCCACACUUUCCAGGUUUGCCAUGUCAUGGAACCCAACCAGAACAAUUGGCUCCGCUCCAACUGGAUUUCACGUGAGGCAGCCCAAAAAGUUUAUGUGGAGAUGCGCUUCACGCUGAGAGACUGCAAUAGCAUCCCCUGGGUACUUGGCACUUGUAAGGAAACCUUCAACCUUUACUACAUGGAGACAGACGAGUCACAUGGUGUCAAGUUCAAGGCCAGCCAGUUCUCCAAGAUAGACACCAUUGCUGCAGAUGAGAGCUUCACCCAGAUGGAUUUGGGUGACCGUAUUCUCAAGUUGAACACUGAGGUACGAGAGGUAGGGCCUAUCACCAAGAAAGGCUUCUACCUGGCAUUUCAGGACAUCGGAGCAUGCAUUGCUCUUGUAUCGGUGCGAGUCUACUACAAGAAGUGUCCAUUUACUUUUCGCAACCUGGCCGUCUUCCCAGACACAAUUCCAAGAGUGGACUCUUCCUCGCUGGUCGAGGUGAAAGGUGCUUGUGUGAACAAUGCAGAGGAGCGGGAAACACCGAAACUGUACUGUGGUGCUGAUGGAGACUGGUUGGUUCCUCUGGGGCGCUGCGUAUGCACCAUUGGCUUCGAGGAGGUGGAUGGCUCUUGUCAUGCUUGCAGACCUGGAUUCUACAAAGCCUUUGCUGGAAAUACAAAGUGUGCUAAAUGCCCUCCGCACAGCUUCACUUUCGAGGAAGGCUCAGCUGUAUGUACCUGUGAAAAGGGCCACUUCCGAUCAGAGAAAGACCCCCCCAUCAUGGCGUGCACAAGACCACCUUCCGCUCCGCGAAACGUGAUGUUCAACAUCAAUGAGACCUCUCUGUUUCUUGAAUGGAGUCCACCAAGUGACACAGGAGGCAGGAAGGACCUGACCUACAACGUGGUGUGCAAGCGGUGUGGGCCGGAGCCCCGGCAAUGUGAGAUGUGUGGGAGCAGCCUGCGCUUUGUCCCACACCACCUGGGCCUCACCAACGCAUCAGUGACUGUGCUGGAUUUCAUCCCUCAGGCCAACUACACCUUUGAGAUUGAGUCUCUGAAUGGAGUCUCAGCAUUCAGUUCCUCCCCCAAGUCAGUGGCAACUGUCACCAUUCCCAUUGAUCAAACUGGCCCUUCAUUGAUUGGAGUGGUGAGGAAAGACUGGGCCACCCACAGCAGCAUCGCUCUGUCCUGGCAAGAACCAUUGCAACCCACUUUAGCUGUCCUGGACUAUGAGAUCAAGUACUAUGAGAAGGAACAUGAACAGAUGAGCUAUUCCUCCACCAGAUCUAAGGUUCCCAGCGUCAUCAUCACUGGCCUGAAACCCUCUACCCAAUAUGUCUUUCACAUUCGCAGCAGGACCUUGACUGGUUAUGGCAGUUACAGUCCUAAAUUUGAAUAUGAAACAGGAGAUGAAACAUCAGAUAUUGCUGCUGAUCAAGGACAAGUUCUGGUUAUUGCUACAGCUGCUGUUGGGGGCUUCACCUUACUGGUGAUUCUCACUCUCUUCUUCCUCAUAACAGGAAGAUGUCAAUGGUACAUCAAAGCCAAGAUGAAGUCAGAAGAGAAGAAAAGGAGCAAUCUUGAAAAUGGACACAUACCAUUUCCUGGUGUUAAAACAUAUGUGGACCCUGACACAUACGAAGACCCAAGCCAAGCGGUACAUGACUUUGCCAAAGAGAUUGACCCAUCCUGGAUUCGUAUUGAGAGAGUUAUUGGUGCAGGUGAAUUUGGAGAGGUGUGCAGUGGCCGGUUGAGAACCCCAAGUAAACGGGAGAUCCCUGUGGCCAUCAAAACACUGAAAGGAGGCUAUGUGGACAGACAACGAAGAGAUUUCCUGAGAGAGGCCAGCAUCAUGGGCCAGUUUGAUCACCCCAAUAUAAUUCGUCUGGAGGGAGUAGUGACCAAAAGUCGGCCAGUGAUGAUAGUGGUGGAAUAUAUGGAGAAUGGAUCACUUGAUUCCUUCCUUCGGAAGCAUGAUGGUCACUUCACAGUUAUCCAGUUGGUGGGAAUGUUACGUGGUAUUGGAGCAGGAAUGAAGUACCUCUCAGACAUGGGUUAUGUCCACAGGGAUCUAGCCGCUCGCAACAUCUUGGUUAACAGUAACUUGAUGUGCAAGGUCUCAGACUUUGGGCUUUCACGUGUGUUGGAGGAUGAUCCUGAGGCAGCAUAUACAACAACGGGCGGGAAGAUUCCCAUUCGGUGGACUGCACCAGAGGCCAUAGCUUACAGGAAAUUUUCCUCAGCCAGUGAUGUUUGGAGCUAUGGCAUUGUGAUGUGGGAGGUGAUGUCAUAUGGGGAGAGACCGUACUGGGAGAUGUCCAAUCAGGAUGUGAUUUUGUCCAUAGAAGAGGGUUACCGUCUUCCAGCCCCAAUGGGGUGCCCAGUAACUCUGCAUCAGCUAAUGCUCCACUGCUGGCAGAAAGAAAGGAGCCAUCGACCAAGGUUUUCAGAGAUUGUGAGCUUCCUAGACAAGUUGAUCCGCAAUCCUAGCAGCCUACAGAUGUUGGUGGAGGAUGUGCAGGGGUUACCAGAGUCCCCCACUGAUGUCCCAGAAUACCCAUUAUUUAUUUCAAUCAGUGACUGGCUAGACUCUAUAAAGAUGAGCCAGUAUAAGAAUAAUUUCAUCUCAGCAGGCUUCACUACAUUGGAAUCUGUUACAAGAAUGAGCAUCGAGGAUGUCCGAAGAAUCGGUGUGACACUCCUUGGCCACCAGAGGAGAAUAGUGAGUAGCAUUCAGUCUCUGCGGCUACAGGUGUUACACAUACAAGAGAAGGGCUUCCAUGUAUGAGCUGCUGCCACCCGGCCAUGCCGCCAGUCCCAUGCCCCAGCUCUCCAGCGUGCGGAGCGUGUCCUCCAAUGCCGACUACCGCUUCCUCGGAAGGUGGAAUGAGCCCGCCGCGCCUGAAGCAGUUUUGCUAUAUUCAAGCUGAAGGGGAGCUUUGUGGACAGAGAGACAUCUAUCCACGUUUUGUGACCAUGUAGCUGCUAAGAAUAGUGCAAUCUGCAGAUAUUUUAAGUCAUUCUUUUCUACUUUAAUGUGACCUAUGGUAACUGAAAUGCUUCCCAGAGUCAUUUAAAAGGAAAUGUAGACCAUUUCUCAACUUAGUCCUGAAAGCUCAAGUCCACAUCUACUCAGCAAUACCAAGAAAUGGAUGACAGCUUGCCCGCCAGUCUGUCCAGUUGUGUGGAGAUCCCAGUAUGGCCAGCGUGAAGGACUUUCCAGGGUAUCUCUUAAUAAAAGAAGAGGCAUUUUCACUGAGUAAUGGAUAGAGCAGGAGAAGUGUGCAUAAACCUUGCUGCUAUUUGUAAGCAAUGUGAGGAGAUUUUUUUUGUACAAAGUACAAGUUACUUCAAAUUCUUGUAUUUUAUUUUUCUAUAAUUUCCAGAAAAGGCAUUUUCAAGUCUUACAGACUAUUUAUGCCUGUUUAUUAGCAAAUAAAAAUUAAAGUUCUGGUGGUGAGGAUGUGCUUCCUGUGUUGCUACAGAGUGUGUGUAUGUGGGGCACAAAGUAAACUAUGCCCUCUUCGUUAUGACUGAUUUCCCAGUGACACAACAUCGGCCUCUCCUAAAACAAGCUGCACUUUACUGCAGAUAAAACUCUCAGUAAGUGUAUGUAUUGUUAUAAUUUGCAUUUCUUAUCCAUCAAUCUAGAGAAGCUCUCCUUGGCUAAAUGUACAAGAUACAACCAAAAUGACCUAAUUAACUAGCAAGUGAGGGGUUUUAAAUGAUCCAAUACAGUGGCUAGUGGCAUUUAAGGAUGACUCUGAACAUUUAGCCUUAUUCGAUUUUUAUGUUAAAGCAAUUUCAUUAUGACUUCUUCUUGAAUAUUUUUCUACACAUCUUGUGGAUUUUUAGGUUUGAAUCAUAUGUAUGGUGUUUGUACCUUCUCUUUCUGCCUGUAUGGGUUUUCUCCCUUGACUCUGGAGAAGGCAUGUGUAUAAGGUUAACUCAUAACUGAAUGCAGGCCAAUUUUAACAAGUCUGGAUGUGUGAACAAGUGCGCCUUGCAAUGGAGUAAUACCCUGUACAAACUGUUCCCAGUCAUGCUGCCAAAAUGGGCCUUGGCAAUAAGAUUGGAUUAAAAAGAUUCUGAAAUAUUAUGUAUCAAUGACCUUUAGGUUUUUCCUGCACUUUUUCUGUUACUUGCAAAAUUUUCUUAUGAGGUGAAAGCAUUGCUCAAAACUACAAAGCUGCAUGCAAAUUUUACUGGGACCAUGCAGCUAAUGAAAAUUAUGAAUAAUCUAUUAUUAUUAGUUAUCAGCUGUUGUGAUUACAAGCUGCAACAUAUAAAAAUAAUAAUGUUAAUACUAUUUUUAGUAAUAUGAUUUGAAAUCAAUGUCAUACACCUAUCAAAAUUUUAUUUCCAUUAAAUUUUUAUUUUAUGAA